CGUUUUAGUCUCGAAGUGCAUCCCACUGAAUUCGUGGUUAAUAUCAUCAUUGUCGGUGUUAAUGAACUAGAAAAUUAUUACUUGUCAAUUAACUCAAAGUGUUUGUUGUGUUGUUACUUUGUAAUUGUGUUUGACUAACAAUAUUUCAAAAUGGUAAAUCCAUCGGAAAUGGUGCAGACUUUACGUAAUUCUUUCAAUAGUGGCAAGACGAAACCCGUGGAGUAUCGUCUGAAGCAACUCAAGGCUUUACUUCGGCUGUAUGAAGAAAAUACUAAUGAGAUGCUUCAAGCUCUAGCAACAGAUUUACACAAAAGCAAACAAGAGGCAGUUACAAUGGAAACACAGUAUCUUAUCAAUGACUUAAAGAAUACCAUCAGUAAUUUAAAAAAUUGGGUGAAGCCUGAACGCCCUCCUAAAGAAUUCGUGAAUUUACUCGACUCAUUGUACGUCUAUAACGAUCCGUACGGUGUUGUCCUCGUAAUGGGUGCCUGGAAUUACCCAAUUCAGCUCACCUUACUGCCAGUGGCAGGGGCCAUAGCAGCUGGAAAUUGUGUUGUCAUUAAACCUUCAGAGAUUGCAGUCGCUAGCGCAAAGUUCAUAGCUGAGAAAAUUCCCAAAUAUCUUGAUAGUGAUUGUUAUCAGGUGUUUGAAGGUGGAAUUCCAGAAACCACCCAACUUCUGCGAGAAAAGUUUGACUAUAUUUUUUACACCGGUUCCACUAGUGUUGGACAGAUUGUUCAUGCAGCUGCAAAUAAAAAUUUAACUCCAGUCACGUUAGAACUAGGGGGUAAAAGCCCCGUCUACUUGGACAAAACAGCAAAUCUUAAAGUUGCGACGAAGCGAAUAAUAUGGGGUAAAUGUGUUAAUGCUGGCCAGACAUGUGUUGCACCAGAUUACUUAAUUUGCACAAAAGAUGUGCGUGAUAAAUUUGUAGAGUGCGCUGGCCAAGUACUGCGAGAUUUCUAUGGAGACGAUCCAAAACAGUCACCUGAUUUAGGACGUAUUGUCAGUGAUCGACAGUUUCAACGGUUAGUUGGUUUAUUGCAAAAUCAUAAACCUGCUGUCGGUGGACGUUUUGAUGCUGCUGAACGUUACAUGGAACCUACUAUUUUAACUGACGUAAAACGUGAUGACAAAGUUAUGCAAGAGGAAGUGUUCGGUCCCAUUCUGCCUAUUGUUACAGUAAAUGAUGCCUAUGAGGCUGUCAAAUUUAUUAAUUCUCGGGAGAAACCUCUUGUUUCUUAUAUUUUUUCAAACAACAAAAAAGAUGUGCAGUUGCUGAUUGAUAAUACUUCUUCUGGGGGAGUUCUUGUUAACGAUACUAUAAUGCACAUGGCGACUGAUAUGCCAUUUGGAGGGGUUGGUUUAAGUGGCAUGGGAAGUUAUCAUGCAAAGUAUACCUUUGAUACAUUUUCACAUAAGAAGAGUUGUUUAUACAAAGAUUUGGGAUUCAUAGGCGAAACUUUGGGCUCUGCUAGAUACCCGCCGUAUUCUGAAGGAAAAUUAAAAUUAUUAAAUUUGUUGCUGAAAAAGUGGCCAGGUUUCAACUGGAAGGUGUGCUUGGUUCACACUUUCAUAUUCACAAUAGGGUUUGUGACAGCUUUGGGAUACAAACAUGUUAUGGAAAAUAAGGAUGAGCUGUUCAAGCAAUAACUUGUAGUAAUUUCUUGUAACACCUAGUGGUAGAUGGUCUUAUGGGCUGUGUGACGGUGGUGCGUUUACAAUUACUUUAAGUAUUAUAACUUUUGUUGUGGUUAAAGUUUUCAUGGUGGUUGAAGUUUUGUUUUAUAGUAUUUGAUUUUCUAAAUUUAGAACUCAACAUUUUGUUUAACAAAAAAAAAAUUGGCUAUAAAUUUGUUGAAUUAAAAGUUGUUGAUUAUAGAUAAGAAAAAAUAUAUAUUCACAAACGCUACACUUCAUAGUAUCAUUUGCAGGGACAUACACUUUUAAUUAUCUGAGCGUUAUUUUUUGUUGAAGAAUAUGACUAGUAUUGCAUUAAAAGUUAAUUACGGGUUCGAAGGUAAAGUAUAUUUUUUGUAUCUAUAUGUCAGUCUUUGUAGAAUAUAUAUCUGUAUUUUAGUAGGUCAACUGAUGUGCGUACAUGACGUUAGCGUUACUUAAAUAGACUAUGAAGAUGUAGUUCUCUAAAAUUAUUUCAGGUUGUGUGAUGUAUUUUGUAGAUUUUAUACUGUAUUUUUCUAAAUAAAGUUUCUUUUCUAA